GGGAUAUACAGCACUCCCGAUCCCGGUUUGUACUCACAAGAUCCUGUUCUCCAAACACAGAGAGCAGCCAGCUGGGGCUAUGUAAAUCUGAGGCUUCAGCCUUUUUUUUCUUUUGCACAAAGAGAUUCAGUCGAUCUCAGAGCCAAGGAUCCGAACCGAGAUUCUCAUCAUGAGUGUCAAACAGCCCUGCAUUUUUCUCAGAGGAGGAAAAGGGAGACAAUCAAGAAAUCUUACAAAUGAUGAGCUGGACGAGUUGCGUGAAGCCUUUCUGGAGUUUGAUAAGGAUAAAGACGGCUACAUAAGCUGCAAAGACUUGGGGAAUCUGAUGAGAACAAUGGGCUACAUGCCAACAGAAAUGGAGCUGAUUGAACUCAGCCAGAACAUUAACAUGAACUUAGGGGGACAGGUGGACUUUGACGAUUUUGUCGAACUGAUGACUCCUAAGCUUUUGGAUGAAACAGCAGGGAUGAUCGGCUUGAAAGAACUCAAAGAUGCUUUUAGAGAGUUUGAUAUAGAUGGUGAUGGGGCAAUCACAUCCGAGGAGUUGAGACUCGCUAUGGUGAAGCUGCUUGGGGAGCAAACCAGCAAACAUGAGAUCAACUCAGUGGUCAGCGAAGUUGACAACAACGGAGAUGGAAAAGUUGACUUUGAAGAGUUUGUCAAAAUGAUGUCAAAGAAAUGAGGACAAGAGUGAAAACAAGAGAAGACGUAUCUUCUGCUGAUUUUGACUCCAAUAUUAUUCUAGUCAUUUUAUUACAUCUGAAGUCGCAUCUGCAUAUGGUUCAAAUUUUAACUACCAUAUAUUUUCAUUUCUGCACAACCCUGACAAAUCUUAGAAUAUUAAAUUGCUUUGCAAUUUUAGAACAUAACUCAUUUUUAUCCUUUAUUUAAUGUACACCCUACUCAUUAGGUAUUUGUUUACAAAAAUCAGAGACAUUAUAUUUCUGUUUUAUUUAUUUAUUUAUUGACUGAUUGAUGAAAGUAGGAGGUUUUUAGUAGAUGUUUGAAAUGUGGCUGCUUAGUGCUGGGUAUAAAAUGUCCAAAGACUGUGAGAGGUUUUAGUUAAAAAAUGAGUAUGUUUUAUGAGUAUGUGUUCCUGGAGCUUUAAUGUAUGUUAGUUUCUUAAAAAUGAGCGACUCAAUCUGAAAUUAUGAAGCUACAUUUGGAUUAUUCAGUUUUUAUUUCUGUGGUUUUAUAGUACCUCAUGGACCUUUGACUUUUUGGAUUUUUCCACAAUAUCUUUACAUAAAUGUGAAAUAUGUAGUAAUUAUAUGUAAUGCACAUAGGACAAAGUAAAACUGACAGAAUCCCUAUUUAAUGAUGCUGUAUUAUCUCAUGCUUCCCUGUAGACUUAGACUGAGGCGUCAGAGCUUGGAGGUGUCGCAAACUCGUGUUCUUGAUGAUGUCCAGGUGAAUUUUUAAAGGAUUUAAAUUGAAGUAGCAGCUCUUUAGUGGGCUGUACAUCUGCACACUUUUACUGUUUUUAGUGAAAUGACUUGCAUGCUUCAUAAUAAAACAAAUGAAAAGCAACUCCAUCAGUGUUAUCUUCAGUCACUUUUUUACCUUUUUCACUCAUGUAUUACUGAAAUAACGUAUCUCACCAUCUAUAAACCUUUUCCUUUAGGUCACUAUUUAUUAUAAGUUUGAAACAACAAAUAUAUGCUUGUCUUUUAUUUUGCCUCAUGCAGAUUCUAUUUGUUUUGUUUAAAUGUCACAGUGUGGAAAAUAAAGUUAUUUUUUUUCUCAGAUUUGA